CCAACUCAAAUAUCUAGCAUCCCUCCCUUCAAACAAGAACCAUGGAAAACCAUUUCGUAGUACCCUCAACCAUUUACCCUAACCCUAAAUCGGCCCAAACCAAAGAUGAACAACAAGUUGAAGAGGCCAGGUUGCUAGCGAGGAGGCUCUCGAACGCAGCCGCCUUCCCCAUGGCUCUCAAAGCCGCCUUGGAGCUAGGUGUCAUCGACAUUAUUGCCACCAUAGGCGAUGGUUUGUGGCUCUCACCUUCCGAGAUAGCACUAAGACUCCCAACCAAACCUAGUAACCCCGAGGCUCCGGUUUUACUUGACCGUAUGCUGCGGUUACUCGCUAGCUAUUCAAUACUGAAGUGUCGUAAUGUUGUAACAAAAGAAAACGGUCAAACCGGCAAAAUCGAGAGGGUAUAUACUGCCGAACCGGUCUGCAAGUUUCUCUUGAACAAUAGUGAUGGCUCUGGAUCUUUUGCAUCUCUGAUCAUGAUGAACCUUAGCGACGUCAACAUCAAGACUUGGGGACAACUCAAGGGUGUCAUUUUAGAAGGAAAAGAUGCAUUCAAUUCUGCUCAUGGGAUGAAAUUAUUUGAAUACAUGCGGUCGAAUGAACAAUACUGCAAACUGUUUAGUCAGGCUAUGUCAGAAUCUUCGUCUAUGGUUAUGGAAAUGGUUCUAGAAGCUUACGAUGGAUUCAAAGAUGUGAAGACUUUAGUGGAUGUGGGAGGAGGACUUGGUAGCACUCUAAGUCUCAUCACUUCCAAAUAUCCUCAUAUUUUGGGUAUCAAUUUCGAUUUGCCUCCCGUUAUAGCCCGCGCUCCUCUUUACCCCGGUAUAAAACAUGCAGCGGGAGAUAUGUUUACAAAAAUUCCAAAUGGAGAUGCCAUUUUUAUGAAAUGGAUCUUACAUGAUUGGACGGAGGAACAAUGCAUAAAGAUUCUUAAAAACAGUUGGAAAAGUCUUGAAGAAAAUGGAAAAGUGAUUAUAGUGGAAAUGGUUACACCGGUGGAAGCAAAGAGCGGAGAUAUAUGUUCUAACAUUGUGUUUGGUAUGGACAUGACAAUGUUAACACAAUGUUCGGGUGGUAAAGAGAGAUCUCUCUACGAGUUUGAAAAUUUAGCUUAUGCAUCGGGUUUUUCGCGUUGUGAAAUUGCAUGCUCUGUUUACCCGUUUUCCGUCAUCGAAAUCUAUAAAUAGAUUCAACAUAUGACACUAGACCAUAUUCACUCCUUCUAUUUGGGCUGUAAUGUUUGUGAGUUGUGACUAUCAUAUGUGUGCUAUCUUUUGUAAUGUUUGGGUGUGAUCUUUCGUUUUCAUAUUUACGGUUGUGAUGGUCUUUCAGUAACUACGUUGUGUAAUGUUUUAUGAGUGUGAAAAUUGGUGUUUGCAGUGCGAUUGUAAUUUGUAAUUUGGGACAUUAAUGUUCAAUCUAUUAAUCUAAAAUAAUUGUUGUAGUAAUUU